CAGUUCACCAACGCUACAAACUUGACUGUCAAGGACGACCCAAACAAUCCGAAUGUGCCUCCACCACCGUCACGACAGGGAUUUAGCAUGACCAAGGAAAUCUAUAUUGCAAUCUUUGCAUUGUUACUUAUUACAGUCGGCUGUAUAUUGUUGGCAGUUGUAACCAAGAUUGUCUCGGCAAGCGUCCGCCUUUGGUUUUGA